CUCAGGAAUCCUUCAACAGAGAGCAGAGAGAGAGGGGGCUGAGCGCUCUCGGCAGCCAUUUUCCUGAAACAGGACUCAAUGGCCUAUAUGGGUUUCCUUUGUUCCAAAGGGGAUCUUAUACUUGAUUUGCUCAUCUCUUAUGGACUAUGAUAAAACUAUGAUUCCUCCUUUAAAGGAUUGAGAAGAAGGAAGAUAAAAUACUGGAUGUAACCCCUUUGACAUUUUGAACCUUUUUUCCUCUGCCUGGAAUCCAUCUUUAUUUUAACUAGGCCAUGGCACACCCAUAUAUAUAUAUAUAUGUAGUGUUUGUUUCUAAAGUAAAAAAGAAAAAAAACAUGUAAAUAAACAGCUUAAAGAUCUGGUGGAGUUGGAUAGAGUGUAACACUGAAAUGACAAUCUGUGAUGGUAUACUUAAUGGCCUUAUAGGAUAGAAAUGAGUAAGUUACAUUCUUUUAUAAAAAAAAAUGUCCGUUUUAUAGUUAAGUUAUGCAUUGAUGUGAUGCAUGCAAUGGCUGUUAGUAAAAGUAAAUUUCAAUUGUCCGUUUUAAUGAGCUGUCAUGAAAUUCAUCAUGAAGGAACAAUGGCAUGUCUGUGAUCACGGGCAUACUACUAUUCAAAUAUCCGUUGUAGGUUAUUUGCAAACGCUCCCUAAAUAUCACUCGUGGGCCACAGACAAUCUACCAUCACCUUUGGCAUUAUCGUUUGUAUGUGCUUUUAAAUAUUGACUAUUCUUUAAUAACCCUUUCCAUUUCGAUAUACUAAUGAUUUCCUCUUUCAGCAGGGAUAUCCUGUGAAUUCAAUAGACCUUGGCUUUGGUGCAUUUAACUACCCUAUGUCAGCGUGCUUUGGUGACUUCGGCAGCGCUUAACGGCAGGCUCUGCGUUUGGCAUUACAGAACCAAAUGUGUUCACUGACCUUCCCUCAAGGGCAAAUUACAAUGUCUGUAGAACAUCAACCAGGCAGUUGUUUGCGUAUAUACAAUGGUUCAAAUGUCCUGCUUAGUCCUAGAGUAAACCCAUGGAGAAAACAUCAAAUAUUUACCUUUUCAUUUUGGGGAAAAGCAGUUAACAGGCCUAAGUACAGGGUCAGAAGAAAUGCUCUCAAUUCCAUCUUCGGAUCCUCUAGCAAUGGCAUAAGGAAAUGGUGGGAAUUCAUCUCCUGCAAAGGAACACAUCCAUUAGCAAGAAGAAAAUAUAGCUGUUUUCAAACGUUUCAUUAAUACUAGGCACUGCCUGUUGACCAACGAAUAUGCAGAACGCUUCAAGCAGCAUCUGAGCUAUAUGCACAGUAUCACUUUUCUGGAAGACAGGAUUGCAGCCAGUGUUAACCUCGUCCACGUGAAGAUAUCAGACCUAGACUACACGCCAUUUAAGCUCAACAAAUGAAGGGGGUUUAAAGGUAAUGGAUUUUCGUGCCGACUCUUAAUGUUUAUAUUCACGUGUACAUGUUGGAAUAUAUUUAAGCAUCAAUGAAAUGGAAGGGGACGGGAAUGAAUUAACUAAAAAAUAAACUUUGUGUGACAGCCUAUUGGGAAAUCAUUUUAUUGGUAUUGUAGGAACUUACAGUUAGGUUUUCAAAACAUGUAAUCCAGAAGAGAAUCUUAUUCGAGCUAAACCCUUAUGGGAUGUGAAACAUCUUGUAUAUUUCACUGCAUGGCUUCCUUUGUCCACAGAAACCCUUUAGUCUACAUUUGUUCAGUGUGUUCUCUGCGUUUCAAAAUGGCUCCUUCACACAAAGGAGAACACUGUGCUGGAAAAGUUCCUGCGCCAUCACUGGGUGAGGCUCGAUCUUUCCAGGACAGUAAUGUGUCCUACGAGCCACUCAGUUCGUAGGAUCGUAGAGAAAAACAUAGCUUCCAUUUUAUAACUCAUGUAUGGGAUAGACUUCUAAAUAGAAAAACAGAGAAAGAAAUCAUUUCGAUGUCUGUGUAGAAAGGCAACAUUAGGCAUACUCCGUCUCGUCGACUUGAGGCAGCUGCGGGCGGCUGACCGGUCCAAACUGGUUUUGGCAGCAACGACAGACAGUUGCCACGCGAGCUCGCAAGCUGCACCCCACUGCCAUAUAAGGUCAUAUAAAACAACGUUAAAAGAACGCAGAUAUUUUUCCUCAGGACACUGAAAGAGAUCCGUGGUCCUGCGUCUUCCUUGCAUCUGUGGCUGUCUAUUCAAGGACGUUGUUCGAAUAGAUUUUGGUGUUGACAAGCCACGGAUACGCAACACCCAAGAAGGAAGUAAUUUAUCCAAUUCACUAAGGGAAAACGAAGACUGGGAAACUGGGGAUAGUGUGUGUCAUUUAAUUCUUCCUGCGAUGUAGGCCUAUUCUUAACCUGAACAUUUUGUGGAGCCUAACGUUAUUGCGCAAUCUUUGUUUGCUUCCCGUGGCGUCGACCCCAUAAACCGCGGGCCACGUCAUUUUAUUUAGCUGUUGAUCUGUAUGUCUUUUCCAAAACAAAAUGCCAAUUGUGUAGACGUGGCUUUAAGUGACCGUUACGGUAAGAUCAAAACUAAAUCGUUACCACUUCAAACUGCCUCUAAUCGGCACGACGCUAUUUAUUACUUUGUUUUCCAAACAGUUUCCUUUUCCAUUGGAGGCCUGUUUUUCUAGUUCAGCUGCAUUCCAUAAUGCCUUUUCAGGCCACGAGUUAAAUUCCCUCUGACAUUGGAUGCAAACACGUAGGCCCACAACAAUGCAGAAGAGCGUUAAAUAACACGUAUAUGCCUACUUAUCUCGGUUUUAUGUGUUAUAUGUAUGUCUUCGUCCACCAGUCUCAUAGGUGAAGGGUUACAAAGCUGUUUACAGGGUUAUUUUUAGGCCUUCCCCACUCCCUAGUGGGUUGGGCCAGCAUUACGCAAAUUCAGACUGGAAAGAAUUAAGGCUGGAAUAUUCCACAAAGGAGUGGAGUGGCCCCGUUCUGCAGUACAAAGUUAUCCUGCUCUCUCCUCUCGACCAACAGCCCGCAGGUACUGGUUUGCUUUUCCUGCUAAAGCCGACAUACGAGAAUAAAAAUACAAUUAAAGUGCAUAGUUAGAUUGGCUCCCAGACCAAUUGUUUAUAGAUGUUUGUAUAGUCUACAGGGGUGCUUGCUCUGCAGAUCUGCCCUCGUGAAGAACAGUGGAUUCAUUUAAUCAGUGAUCUUUUAAUAUUCUGAAUUGUUGAGGCUACAUGGAGUAUUUAAGGAUGUAUACAGGCUGGACAACGACGUUCUUCUACGACUUCUUAUUGUUGAGGUCUGGUGUGGUCGAUUUAUAAGGAUUGACUAUUGUUGAAUGCAUUUUGCAAUGUCCUGAAUCUGUGUAUAUUAUGUGAAAAUAUAUCUUUACGUCCUUACUAUUUGCAUUUUUUUUUCCAGUAUUUUGUAUUGCGUAGGGUUAGGUGUGCACAAUUACCUUUUUUAUUUUACUGUUUUAUUGUCAUUAAAUUCAGGAAAUAUUGUAAUAAAAUAGGCUGAACAACAAAUUGCUCUCUUUCCUGUUGUAAGUAUCAAGAAAAUCAAAACGCAUCAAUUUACUUUUUAUGUUACAGCUGUUCAAAUGAAAUGCAUGGUUGUAAAUGUUAUAGCCUUCUAGGAAUAUAACUGUCGCAGAUGUUCCAGCCAAACCUGAAGAAGGCUUAGAAUUAUGCCUCCAAGUUAUUUAAUUAUUAGUUUAACAUUCACUCGAUAAAACCAAGGAACACAAGGAUGGUUUCAGUAUCUAAUUGUCACCUUAAAUAAUAAGAUAAUAGUUAAACAUACCAUUUGGGUUGCUGAUUUAUAUUAGGACAAUAUUCCAUAAAUUCUUCUGCAGUAGGUUUAUGUAUAAACAAGGAUAUGUUUAAAUCAAAAUGUAUAUGAUGUAUAUAAUGUAUAUGGCAAGUAAUACCAGUUAAUGUAUAAACCGAUGGAUCUGUCACUCACUACAUUGAACUGUAUUUGGGCGAGCGAUCAGUUCAGACCACUAGACACCUAAACCAGAUGAGCUAGAUUUUACUUUCUAGAAUGAAAUGUCUGAGAGAUGAUAGUGAAAAAAUAACAAAUUACAUUGAUUUGUAGCCACACACACAGACACACAGGAGUAAACAGGGAGCUCUGGACGGAGAUAUACGCUCAGCUGCUCACGCCUUGCUACAAAAAGGACAUUUAGUGAAGGCCAGAUAAGGGAACAAGAGAUGAGUGUGUGUGUUGUGUGUAUCUGAAAGCAAUUGGCAACAGUUCAUGCAGGAAGAGGAAGCGGUUAACACAAUGAGAUACCAGGUAUAAAAAAAAAAAAACUGGCUGUCAUGGCUUUCUGAAAGUCAACAGUUUCUUAUUUUCGGAGCGAACCAUCGGUCUUCACCAUGAGGAGGCAAGCAGAGUGGUGGACUUAGUGAUACAGACGUUAUUGAGAUCGCUUUAAGGAGAAAUGGCGCAAAAUGGUGCAGUGGCGAGCAAUGAGACCGUGAAGAUCCACGAAGAGCUGAAGAUUGUCAUUGUUGGAGAUGGGGGCUGUGGGAAAACCUCUCUUCUCAUGGUGUACGCCAAAGGUGACUUUCCAGAGAAAUAUGCCCCUUCGGUGUUUGAAAAAUAUGUCACAACUAUAACUCAUGGUGGGAAAAACAUAAGGCUCAACCUUUAUGACACGGCUGGACAGGAUGACUAUGAUCGCUUGAGACCCCUGUCCUACCAAGAAGCCCACCUGAUCAUGGUCUGCUACGAUGUCACUAACCCCACAAGCUUUGAAAAUGUCUUGAUCAAGUGGCACCCAGAGUUGAAGCACUUCUGUAAGGACAUUCCAGUGAUCCUGAUUGGCUGUAAGACGGAUCUGCGUAAGGAUAAGGAGCGCAUCCGGAAGCUUAAAGCGGUGGAUCAGACUCCUAUUACGUACACACAGGGCGAGGACGUUCGGCAGCAGAUGAACGCAGAACUGUAUCUCGAAUGUUCCGCCAAACACCAGGAAAACGUUGAGCAGGUGUUCCAGGAAACGACGAAAACGGCGCUGGAGGCCUGUCGUAAAGCGCGGAAGAGGAAAAGGAAGAGGCUAUGUGUCGCAAUGUGAAUUGUGAAGACAAGCCCUAUGGGAAGUGUAUGAGAAGAAAGUCAGGUUGGAGGCUUAUUAUGUCCAUGGUUGGAGGACUACCAGUAUUGAACAUGGCCGAUAAUAAGGCUGACUGUGGUUUGGCUCCUUGGAGGUAUGCCAGGCAUGUUUACAAAGAAGUUAAAAUAGAAACGGUGGUUGUUAAAAAAAAAGAAAAGCGGUGAUUAUAUUGAGGUGGUUGUAUUGAGGUUAUCCAUCAAUACGGCUGACCAAUGAGGUUGAUCGAUAUCCUUAUCGACCAAUAUCUCGAUUGCAUGGAGCAGUUGGUGUAUCCCUAAAUGUAGCCUAAUGUAGGCUACUUGUAAAUGUAUCAAACAUCCUCUUUAUUCUUAUAAGAUUUUUGUACAAUUUUUUGUAAUAAAUGUUCAAACAUUGCUGAAAUUAAAAGGCUCUUUAUGUUGUAUUUUAAACAGUAUUUUGCAUUGAAACUUUUAUUGUAAAUUGUACUGAACCAAAUAAUAUGCAAUAUAAAAUUUUAAAAAGCUAAUGCCCAUGGGUAUUCAUCUGUAGCUACAUAUUUAACUAAUUUGCGUAAAGAGUAUUAAAUGUUUCAUCACAAAGAACAAAAUAAUUUAAAAUUCCAUAUUCAAAGGAAUGGACAUUGGUUCCUUUUUCUUCAGCCCUAAAUGGUCUGCUCAAUAAAAGAAGCGCAAGUAUUGAAAAUAAUGACUUUAAUGUCCUUUUAAUAACAAUGAGGGUUUGAAAAGCAUAACAUGAAACACAAAUCAUUAAUGUUCAAUGAACAUGCUGUGUUUAACUAGUUUUUUUUUUUUUU